AUGGUAAAGAAUCGAGUCACCCGGCCCGGCCGCGAGCUGCGCGCGACCGCAACGAUAAACGUAUAUAAUAAAACCUGUCUAACGUAUGAUAUGAAGUGCGGCGCCGAGAGCGGCCGAGCGGGCCGCCGCCGCCGCCUCCCAGUGCGGCGGCGACGUGGGAGCCCGCGCAUCGUCACCUUACGUACAAAAACUCGAAACGAAGGCCGGCUCCCUAUUAACCUAGACUUAUACGACUACAAGCUU